AGAUAUUUUCAGCAUACAAACUUUCCGUACAACAUGAAGCUAGAAAUUUCGAAGCAAUCAAGCAGUAGCAAAAAUAUCUUAUCCAUUCCAACUGUCCUGAUAUAAACUCUGGCUUUUUAGAUCUCAAAGUCUCAACUCAACAAAAGAAGAGAAAUUGAAGUGUAGAAUAUAGAGAAAUGGAGUGUGAUAAGAGGCCAAACAGGAGUGACAUUCACUUACCAAGGGAAGAAGCAGCAAGAAUUGAAGAUGAGACAAAGGAGUACUUUGAUCAAUUAGCACCUCAGCGCCAUACUAAGCCUCAGAGGAGUGAGUAUUCUUCUCAGUAUGUGGAUGCCCUUGCUGAAAAUCAUAACAACAGCAACACAGAAUAUGAUGAGUUUCAGCGUCUCCAAAGUCAUCCUGAGAAACUAGUAUACAAUGGAAGCCAAGUGCCUGAGGAAUUCACUGAGACAGAGUACUACAAGGAUCUGAACUGCAUUGACAAGCAACACCACACGACAGGAACAGGAUUCAUCAAAAUGGAAAAUGCAUCUGGAAAAUGCUUCAGCCUAGGCCUCAACUCUACCAAUGACUGUCAUGACUCAUGCAAGGGGAACCCAGCUACUAAUGACUGGAUUCCUUCGGCUGAUAAUAUGGUAACUUUUUCUUCGGACAAGCCAAAGAGGAGUGACAACUGAAAUGGCCAAUACUGUCUUCAAAUAAGAGCUAGAUGUUCUUGCAUGGUUCCUUAGCUUUCUAUUAUGAUUGUCUUGGUUCCAAGUGUGGCAAAUAAUUUUAUUCUGGGGAUUGUAUUAGUUUCGAGUGUGUAUGUGUAGUCUGCUUUUGUUAUUAGAAUGAUGGUUCUAGCUUCUGUGAUGAUUUUAUAUAUAUUGUUAAAUAAGAAUAAUCAAACUCAGUUGAGAGA